AACCUACUAUAACCCUUCUCCUUUAUCUGGCUUAAGACCGGCAAUGUGAACAAGUUCAUAUGGGAAAAGUUCAUUCUCCUAGCUAUCUAUGAAAAUGUGUAAUACAAGUAACUAGAACAGGACAGCUUAUGCUUCCUUCCACAAUUUGUUUUAAGCUAUCAAUAACAUUUUUGUUUUGCUUUGCAGGCAAUAUUUACUUUCUCAAUGCUUCAAACAUCAAUAUACCCUUUUAAAAAUAGAAGCAACCUAUUCCUUGACAAGAAAUGACUUCUAUGCAUAACCUUCUUCAUUACCUUCACCCUUUCUCUCCUUUCCCUGCUUCAAUCUUGCACAGGAAAUGGAAGACAAAAACAUUUUCGCAGCCGAUUGCAUAGUCAUAUGUUGCUGCUGCCAAUGCUUGAUCCUCCAAAUCAUCAUCUUGUUCUUGCUUAACCUUCCAUGCAAACUGUUAAAGAAAACAAAAGAAUGUAUAAAGAAAUUGAAAGAUCGAAGACGCAACAAGAAAACUAUGAAGAUUGUGAACAGAUAUGAAGAUGAAAUAUUGAAAGAUCAUGAAGGAUCUUUGAGGGUCCAACUUGAGAGUUUGUGUUGUAUGGAAGAAGUUGAAAAGGUUUUAGAGGAGUUUUCUCAAAAGGGUGAAUUUGCUUUUGGAAGCUUUUGGGGUGGGGAUGAAGAGGAGGUAUUAGAGACAGAGAGCAUUAACACAACAUGUAUAAGGAAACUAACAGUUGAUUAUGAUGCUUUUCAUACUCAUUUCAUACAAGUAUUUGGAUCUUUCAACUUGCAAUGACACUUAUCAUAUGCUCUUUUACAA